AUGGACUGCUCUCGAUGCUUCGAGUGCUUUCUCGGCCUGCUCUCGGAGCCCCAGCGGCAGCCUGCCGUCAUAGUAGAGAAGCAACUCGGUGUGAUCACCGAGCAGCCUGUUCGAUCCGCUCAUGAUGCCGCCGGAGAGUUCAUCGACAUCCUCCGCACGGCUGAGAAGGGGGGCAAGAACCUCGAGCGCCGCCUCAGGAACAUUGUCACCGUCAACUCCUGGACUGAGGAGUUGGCAAAGUACAUUCUUCGGGGUAUCGAGUACCUCGUCCAGCAUCGCGACACCAUUGGCCAGGUGGUCAGGGAUGCCAUGGAUAAGGCUAUCGAGGCCGCCGAGAGCGUCUUCCAGUUCGCAAAGGAUCACCCCGUCUUCGUGACCCUCAUCGCCAUCGGCGUCUUGGUUCUCGUCUCCCCCUGGGUUCUUGAGGCCCUCGGCUUCGGCGAGCUUGGUCCAGUUGCCGACACGUUCGCCGCCUUUUGGCAGGCUCGUUACGCCGGCUAUGUCCCCAAGGAUUCCCUCUUCUCCUUCUUUCAACGACUUGGCAUGGUUGGUAACCAAGUAGCAAGUAAAUACAGUGAUUUCUUUCGUUCGAUGAACUACUUAACUGAUGUUCAAGGAAACAACAACGCACCAACCACCUCCAUUCAUCCAGCAAACGUCGCCAAAAUGAUCGAGUUCUUCAUCGUAAUUCUUGUGAUCGCCGCACUUGUGCCUUUUUUCCUGUCGCUCAUCGGUUUCGGUCCUGUCGGCCCCGUCGCCGGCUCGUGGGCUGCCUGGUGGCAGUCCUUCUACGGUGGAGCUGUCCCCGGUGGCGGGUUCUUCGCCUACUUGCAGCACAUCGCCAUGACCUGGCAAAUCUAG